AUCAAGCGUAUCCCGACUAAUUACUUCGGUUUUUAAGCGAUCAAAAAUUCAUUUUAAAGUCAUUGUUAAAAAUGUCGAGACUCCAGAUGCUGAGGCUGGUUGUCCAGCAGCGUCUGACUGCGGCUGCUGAGGAGAUCUUUGGAGUGUUUGAAAAAACCAUUGAGGAAUAUGAAGAAGAGAUAGAUCGCCAACGCAGGCUGCUGGCACAUGUGACGAAUGCGAGUGAAAAAGCAGAUCCUCCACAGCCAUUUGACUAUGAAGAGGAGGUUCCCUCUGAGCAUCAGGAAUGGACAGACAAUCUCAGCCAGGAGGAGCUAGAACCCCCACACAUUAAAGAGGAACAGGAGGAACUCUGGACCAGUCAGGACGAAGAGCAGCUUCAAAGAAUAGAGGAGGCUGAUAACACCAAGUUACCAUUCCCUCCUGUCCCUAUGAAGAGGGAAAACGAUGAAGGGAAACCUCACUCCUCACAGCUUCAUCAAAGCCAAACUGAGGAGAACAAACAAACAGAGCCUUCAGCAAACACUUCAGCUGAACAGAUGAAAACAGAACAUGAUGGAGAGGGCUUCGGACUGUCAGAAUCAGCCAGUAACCUAGAUCGGGAUGGUGAUUUAAAACCAACUAAUGAUGGGGAGGCCCUCCCUUCAGACUAUUGUGAAAAGGAGACUGAAGACAGUGAUGAUGACUGGAACAAAACUAGAGUACCUCGGUCCAGUUUGGAUGCAAACGAUAACAAUGAAAUAAGUCAUCGGAGAUCUAUUAAGAAAAAACCUCUCAUUUACGUAGUCUGUGGUAAAGGGUUUACUCAAAGAGGACAAAUCCAAAAACAAAUGAGAACACAUACUGGAGAGAAGCCCUUUAAUUGCUCAGUCUGUGGUAAAGCAUUUUCUCAAAAAAGAGAUGUGCAGAGACACAUAAGAACACAUACUGGAGAGAAACCUUUCACUUGCUCAGUUUGUGGUAAAAGCUUUGCUCAAAAAGGACAUGUACAGGCACACAUGCGAACACAUACUGGAGAGAAGUUCUUUUGUUGCACAAUCUGUGGUAAAGAGUUUUCACAAAGUGGACAAAUCCAGUCACACAUGAGAACACAUACUGGAGAGAAGCCCUUUAUUUGCUCAGUGUGUGGUAAAGCGUUUUCUCAAAAAGGAGAUUUGCAGCGACACAUAAGAAUACAUACAGGAGAGAAACCUUUCACUUGCUCAGUUUGUGGUAAAGGGUUUACUCAAAAUGGAAAUAGGCUGGUACACAUGAGAACACAUAGAGAAGAUGCUCGUUCUGUGGUAAAGAGUUUUUCUCUAAGAGGAAAUACGCAGAGACGCACAAGAACACGUAAGAGAGAAGCCAUUUAGUUGCACAGUCUUUGGUGAAGGAGUUCGUAGAAUAGGAAAUGUGAAGACAAGUGAGAAUACGCAUAAGAAAAAAACAUUGUUACUCAGUCUAAAGGGCUUUCUUAAAGAAGAGAUAUUUAGACACAUGAGAAUACAUAUAAGAGAGAAAACUUUACUUUGUUAGUCUUGUACAGGUUUUACUCAAAAAGAGCAUUCAGAUCACAGUAAAAAAAAAAAGUUUGCUUGGAUCAUCUUGUGAGAGAAAUCUAACUUUGUUCACAUGCCAUGAUCAGAAUCAUGUUUAUUGGCCAUAUAGGUUUGCACAUACAUCAAAUUUGACUCUGGUUUCGUGGCUCUCUCCAUGUACUUAACAUAGAAUAACAACACAACAUUAUUCAGAUGUAUACACAAGGAUUGACUCAUAAAGUACAAUGGUGCAGAGAAUAUAUCAGAGAUGCUGACACGUUGUUGAGGCAGGGUUGUGAAUUAAAAAAAAAUGAAACAUGCGUUUGUGUUGUCAAAGAGAGAAGUUGUUCGUCUAUGUUUUCUCUCAACUUCCACACUGUAUUGUUUAUAAGGGUGGGGAUACCUGGAGUCACUUUAGACUGAAAAAGUCACUUAGAUGAGUGAUGAAACGUUUCUGUCAAUAAACCUGUCCAGAUG